GCCUGGAGGAGUGAGCGACACUAAGAGUGAGCGAGAGAGAGACCUACAUACACACAAAGGUACAGAGAGAGUCGAUGUAUGAAAGUUGCUGAAAGAAGGAGAAAGAAGUAAUCGUGUGAAGCUCCGUAACUCAGUAACUCUGUCAGUGACCCGGGGUGAGUGUGAGAUGGAGGGCAGCGUGGCGGACUUCUCCGGAACCUGGAAAAUGAAAAGCUCAGAGAAUUUCGAGGAGCUGCUGAAAGCGCUCGGUGUCAAUGUCUUCUUGAGGAAAAUUGCAGUGGCAGCAGCGUCCAAGCCCUCAGUGGAAAUCACGCAGCAAGGAGAGACGCUCUCGAUCCAAACCUCCACCAGCGUACGCACCACCCACGUGUCCUUCACUGUGGGUCAGUGCUUCAGCGAGACCACCGUGGACGGACGACCAUGCACGAGUUUCCCUAAAUGGGAGACAGACAGAAAAAUCACCUGUGAGCAGACACUGCAGAAAGGGGAGGGGCCUAAGACAUCUUGGACACGUGAGCUGACCAAUGAUGGAGAGCUCAUUCUGACCAUGAGUGCCGGAGAUGUUGUCUGCACCCGUGUGUAUGAGCGAGAGUGAGGGGUCGAUCAUACUUCUGGUGGUCAGCUGGCUCUUCUGGUUAUCCCCCAGCCUUGAUUUCUUCAGUUAUUCCUUUAUAUGGUGGUCCAUUGUCACAGUGUCAUUGUGUCAGUGCGACAGCAAAUAUCUGCCGUUUAUGUGUGCGUGGUGUGUGUGUGUGUGAGGUGACAAAAUGUGUUGUGUGUGUCUCUCUCUGCUUCAUGCUUGGAUUUCAGUCCCCCAAGUGUAUUUAUUGUGAAGCGUUCGACAGUUUCUACCAGCUCACAACUGUACAAAUCUGCCUGUGUUGAUAUAACCAAGUCUUAUGACCAAUAAAACAUAUUAAUAUUCAUACA